CAUGAGGUAUCAUGUUAAGACUGUGAAAGUACUAUUUACUCUACAAUGGUGAGGAGUCCUCAUCAAAAUCAAAAAAUCUAUUUUCUUUUACAGGACCCAGAUGCUAUACAGUGGGAAAACCAGCCUGGCAACAUAGUGCGUAUUAAUAAAAGGACACCACAUCCUGCCAAAUUCCAGCUGCGCUAAUUGUAUUGUGUUCACAGAGCUCACAAGCUAUCAGAAAGUUGUAUGGCAACCACCUCCGGCGCCAAAUAGAACUGGCAGACAUAGACAUUCAGUACAAGAAGAAAAAGAUGGAAAAUCUUGCACUGGAGUCGAAAUAAAAAAGAGGACAAUUAGGAAACUGGACCUUGAAAUAAAAAAACUUGAGAGGGAGCUCCAAGAAGAUGACACAGCUCAAAAUAAAAAUUAGGUAUAUUCUCGUAAAGUCAAGUGAGCCAUGACAUAUGAGCUCUUAUUGUGAGCACACAGGACGGUGGCAUCUUUCUGAGUUUUUUUUUAUUUUCCCAGCAAUCAGUACAACCAAGUCAUCGUUAUAAGGCAUCGCCCUCUUUUGUCCACCCCCCCAGCACCAGGUGUGGCCACUAGCCUAUAUGAAGGCCCAAAAUUGUGUGUUCCUUUCUGCUCUGACAAUGGCAUGCCCUUUCGUGCGAGAUGUGGUGGAUGAAGAAGCACUUGUGCUGAGGAGAGCCUUCAGGCGAGAAAGGGUCUUCAGGGACCGGUUGGACCCACUGGCCUUCCCUGAUGACCAUCUAUAUGAAAGAUACAGGUUUUCUGCAGAUGGCAUCAGGUAUCUAUGCAGACUACUGGGUCCCAGGAUUAAGCACCGCACUGCACGGAGCCAUGCACUGAGUGUGGAGCAAAUGGUUUGUGUGGCCUUGCGCUUUUUUGCUAGUGGAGCCUUCCUGUACUCAGUGAGGGAUGCAGAACAGCUGAACAAGGCCACAAUUUGCCGCACAAUAAGGAGUGUGUGUCUGGCUAUCAAAGCAUUAGCAGAUGUCUUCAUCUCCUUCCCUGGCCACAGAAGACUCUGUGACAUCAAAGAGGAGUUCUAUAGGAUUGCAGAUGGUCUGCAAUGCUGACUGUGUGAUCAGCAAUGUUGUGGCAAAAUGGCCUGGCUCAGUCCAUGACUCCAGAAUCUUUCGGGCCUCUGAAAUCUAUCAGUGCCUUCGGGCCUCUGAAAUCUAUCAGUGCCUAUCACAAGGUGAAUUCUCUGGUGUGUUGCUGGGAGACAGGGGGUAUGGCUGCCAGCCUUUUCUCCUGACACCUUUCACAGACCCCCAGGAAGCACAGCAGGCCUACAACCAUGCCCAUGCCAGGACCAGGGCCAGAGUUGAAAUGACCUUUGGCCUCCUGAAGGCACGCUUUCACUGCCUUCACAAAUUAAGGGUCAGCCCUGUUAGGGCAUGUGAUAUUACUGUGGCUUGUGCUGUCCUCCACAAUGUGGCCUGCCUGAGGAAGGAGAGGGCCCCCAGAGUGCCACCAGCCAUGGACUGGGACAAUCCGGCAAUCUUCCCUGAUGACGACAGUGGUCGGCUGCUGAGGGACCAAUAUGUGUUGAAUUAUUUUAGUUAGUAUGUGUGCUUUCAAUUUUGGUUAAAUAUGUCCUGCGGUGGCAGAGGAAUUUGGGUUUUUUUGGGUUCGUUUUUGACGAAUUUGGCCUCUUAUGAUGUUUGUGCGGUAUACUGUGUGUAAUACAAGGCUGCAGGGAGGCUACUGCAUCCAUUCAUUUGUCUGUUCAGUUGAUGUGUAUGGAUUUGUCCUGCAUUUAUUUUAGUGUGCAGACAUGCAGGGUGUGUUAUAUACAGACCUUUGAAUGUGUAUGUAUCAUUUUGUAUAAUAUGCUUGGAUUCUGUGCUUUCCAUCUUGUAGAGUCACUGUGACUUCAGUUUCGAAAGGAGCUGAUGGUUUACCUGCUUUGUUUUGUCCUUAUUCAAUAAAGGAACAUAAUGUUACACAUUGUGUUUUUAUAUUCA